AUGUUCUACGUGGUUAUUCAUGUUGCGACAACGUGCGACGAGCAUGGUGUUUACGUCACAAAGGAUUCCGCGGAAGUCAUUGAGAUUGGAUGGAUUCUCCUGAAUGCAAAGUCGUUAGAAGAGGUCCACCGUGAGAGUGUCCUCGUACGCCCGGUUAACACUCCGAUUACGCCUCUUUGCACUAGUCUCACGACAUUGACAUGGGAGCAUGUUAGAAAUGCUGGCACCUUCCGCGAUGCCAUCAACCGAUUCGACAGCUUUGUUCAAGAGUACCUCUCCGGCCAGAACAAUGACUUUACCUUUGUCACCUUGGAUGCUUGGGACUUGAGGGUCCAGCUUCCAAGAGAAGCUCGUGAUAAAGCCGUCGUGUUACCUCCAUACCUCCAGCACUCUCGGACUUUUGACCUUCGCACUGAAUAUACACGAUGGCAGUCCCACCAUCCGGAAAGUUUACCGUUUGGCCCGUCUUCUCUGGCAAACAUCUGUGCCGCUCUUGAAGUCGAGCCAGUGCAAUCGUCCGCCCCGAUCAAGCACAACCUUCCCUUCCACUUGCAGGCAUUGGCACCUGCCUCCCCCAGGAGGGCUAUGGAAGAAGCUAUUACGUUGGCUAGAGUCCUUCGUGGUCUUAUAAAGAAGUCGCAGCCCCUCGAGCAACAUCCGGAUGUCCUUGCUCGCCCCAUGGACGCAAGAGCAGAUGUUCGUGCCUUCUUAAGUGAACGAAGUAAAGUCCUUCAUAUGAGCGGCCUUCCUCACGACACCACGCAGUCCGAACUUGAAAGCUGGUUCACUCAGUACGGGGGCCGACCUAUAGCCUUUUGGACCUUGCGCACCCCAGAUCAGCAUAAACCUACUGGGACUGGUUUCGCGGUGUUCUCUUCUCACGAAGAGGCUGCCGAAAGUCUCUGUAUGAACGGAAGGGCUUUGAACGAAAAGGCCAUCGAGGUCUCCCCGAGUAGCAGCCGGGUCCUCGACCGUGCCGCUGACAUCUUGACUCCAUUCCCUCCUAGCAAAAAUCGCCCACGUCCUGGUGAUUGGACUUGUCCAUCAUGUGGAUUUUCCAACUUCCAGCGCCGUACAGCAUGCUUCCGCUGCUCCUACCCAGCCGUUAGUGCAGCUCCAGGUGGCGCGACUGACAUGUUUCCGUCUUUCUAUCCACCCUCCUCGCUCCUGCCGCCCGCUCCUCCAACUCUUGCCGUCCACGGACACGCUCAUGGCAUGAACAGAGGAAUGUCAUCUGGUGGAAGCAUGGUUCCUUUCCGUGCCGGAGAUUGGAAAUGUGGUUCUGAGAAUUGUGGCUACCACAACUUCGCCAAAAACGUUAGCUGCCUCAGGUGCGGCGCCAGUCGCGCUGGAGCUGCGGUCGUUGCUGAUACUGGUUAUUCCUCUCCAAUCGAAGCUGCAUCACCUUAUUCCGGCCCUCCUAGCGCUGGCUUAAUCCCACCCCCUGGUGCUCUCGGUUCUUCUGGAUUUCACGGGCCAGGCGGAUACCCUGGGCCGCAAUACGCCCAAGGAGGCUUUGGUAUGGGAGGGAGCGUAGCUGGUAGCAGCGGAUUCUCUUCACCCAUCGGAGCCCCGCAUAUGGGACACGGUGCUGGUCCUAUGAGCAGCGGAGCUUUCGACCAACGGGGCGACCCAUCAUUUGGCAUGUCCGGUAACGGUAACGGGUACGGUAACAUGCAAGGUGAUGACCUCUCUUUCCUCUCCGGUAGCAUUGGAGGACUCGGGCUCAAUGACGAACCUCGACAGAGGCUUAUUAAUGGGUCUAUUUCAUCGAACCGCUCACCGGCCAUGUAA